AUGCCACCGACACAGGCCGGGGAGGAAGACCUGACCCCCAGUUCCGACACGGCGCGCGAUCCGGUCUCGACAUCGAGUCCGACAAAUUCCAUGUCAAAGCCAGUCACCCCGGCGUCCGGGUCAAAGAGGAGCCUAGCCAUCGAGAUCAAGGAUGACCUUGAUGUGGUGACGGCGCCGCCUCGCAAGAGGUUACAAUCCUCCCACGUUGGCGAGGGUCGUUACGGCAGAGGAUCCAAUACUCAAUGCUUGAAUCAGCCACGCAAUCUGCCGAUGGAGCCGAGAUCGAUGCAAACGAUUCGCUAUUCGAUACAUCCACAGACACCCUGGAACACACCAAAGAUUGGUGGGCAUGCAGAAUAA